UGACCAUCUCUCUUCCUUGUCUCUCACCAAAAAAGAAAUCUCUAUUCCUUGUCCACCGAAAAGGGAAAAGAGUAGGAGAAGAAAGGAAGAAAGCAGGGCUAAACCGGAAAGCAGAAUCAACACGCCCAAAAUUCCCCCAAAAUUUGGAUCAAAGUUUCGGAGACUUGGGUAAUCUCGCCGCGCAGUACCAACAAUGGCUGACGAGGGCGGAUAGAGAAAUGUCCUUUUCAUAUUCUAUGUCUGAUUUAGUUGCAAGGACUGGUCGACAUCAGCAACGGUACGAGGGCGGCUGUCGCCUUGUGGCUGGAGUUGUUGUGGAAUAUCAUCCUCAAGAGUCAAGAGUGGUUUGGCUGGCUGGCUGGCUGGACGUCAAUCAAAUCAUUGGCGUCUCGCUUUUUCCUGUUCCUUGGGUCGAAUUUGAUCAUGGAAUCUUGCUAUAUGGUCUGGAACCUAAAUUAUAUACGAUUUAACACAGUAGGCUGGAGAAGCACUUUUCCAAAGUGGUCAAUUUACUUAGAAAAUUCAGAAAUGGUGUCUUUCUCAUGGUUGGCCAUCUUAGGAUAUUUUCUUUCCCAUUUUCAGUAAUCUUUAUUGAUUUGUUUCAAAUUGCAUUUUAGUUUGGAAGUAUCCCUUAAGAGGAGGUCAGUCGCUUACAGGAUCUUUUUAUCCAGUGGAUGAAACGAAUCUGGCAACAUGACCCUUGGAAUCAUAUAUUAUAGAGGGUGUAAGCUUCAAUUCAUAGCAAUGAUCUAGUCAUAAAUGUUCGUAUAGGCUUAGGUAGCCAUAUCCAACUGAAAGAGUUGAGGAGUUGGAGGUUUCCUUCCAUUUUAGCUAUGCCGUAAAAGAUUGAAAGGUCAACUAUCAUAUAAUGGAACAUGCUCAUAUGGUGUUAUUAAGAUGGGAAAAGAGAAAAUGAAAAUGGUAUGCUUGUAGUCGUAAUUGUUUGGUUGGUAACAAAUUGAUUGCUUUUGUUUUGUGUGAAAAGAUAUGGAAAUGGAUUGUUUGAUUGAUUGAGUGUUACUGUUUGAGGUUCUAUAGGCAUUUUGCAAAUCGUGAUUCUCUAACUCGGCAAAGCUGUAUCCGCAGGUGCAUUCCAUUUAGGUAUAGAGAAUGUGAUGAUAAUGGUGAUACUAAUUCUGGGAAGGUUGUUGAGGUCCUCAUGAUCAACUCCACCAGUGGUCCUGGUUUAUUGUUGCCAAAGGGAGGGUGGGAGAACGAUGAGACUGUUAAAGAAGCAGCAGUAAGGGAAGCUAUAGAAGAAGCUGGAGUUCGAGGUGAUAUAUUGGAUUUCAUAGGGGAUUAUCACUUCAAGAGUAAAACAAAUCAAGAGGAGAGUUGUACUGAAGGGUUGUGUAGAGCUGCCAUGUUUGCAUUGUACGUGAAAGAAGAGCUGCAGUCAUGGCCAGAGCAAAGUACUCGUACAAGGAGCUGGUUAUCUGUUUCUGAAGCGGUUGAGAGUUGUCGACAUGAAUGGAUGGAAGAUGCUUUGAAGCACUUUGCAACUUGGCUCAAAGAUAAAGACGUAAACUAGCAGUGAUCUCCCCAUUAUUAAGACUUUGAUAUGAUGUAUGUUAGGAAAAGAUGCACAAACCCUCACCCUGGUAAUUCUCAGGGCCUGUUUUCUUUCUUAAACAACCCCGAUAACAAGAUAGUAGAAAUGGGGAAAAUCCGGGAAAUAGUUCUUCCUUUUUGGUUAUCUCUAGUCUUUCUUUUUCCAAUUAACAAUCUGACCCAUCUAUAUUGUUUACUAAAGAUGGAGAAUCAAUAGUAUUUUUAAUGGAUAUUUCAAAAUGGGACAACAACAUACAUAAUAGCAAGUUAU